UUGGAUGUGGUAUUUUUUUCCAGGAGUACAAGGUUUUUAGGCUUCCAAGUCCUGCUCCAAUUGACUCUAAUCGGGUGCAAACUUGGUUUUUCUCCGGCGAUAAACCCAUCGUUUUCUGUUUGAUUCCCUUUCAUCACUUUCGAUCCUUCAAGCUCUUCUUCUUCGCCUUCAAUCUCCAGCGAUGGUGCUCGAGGCCACGAUGAUCUGCAUUGAUAAUUCGGAGUGGAUGCGCAAUGGAGAUUACUCGCCAAAUAGAUUUCAAGCUCAAGCUGACGCUGUAAAUCUCAUCUGUGGUGCCAAAACCCAGUAUAAUCCCGAGAAUACAGUAGGAGUUUUGACAAUGGCUGGUAAAGGGGUUCGUGUUUUGGCCACUCCCACAAGUGAUCUUGGAAAGAUACUAGCCUGCACGCACGGGGUUCAAAUAGGCGGUGAUAUGAAUUUGGCUGCUGGGAUUCAGGUGGCUCAGCUGGCUCUCAAGCAUCGCCAAAACAAAAAGCAGCAACAAAGGAUUAUUGUAUUUGCUGCAGGCCCUGUUAAGUAUGACAAAAAGGUAUUAGAGAUGAUUGGUAAAAAGUUGAAAAAGAACAGUGUAUCUCUGGAUAUUGUCAAUUUUGGCGAAGAAGAUGAAGGGAAGACUGAGAAGCUUGAGGCACUAGUCGCUGCAGUAAACAACAAUGAUAGUUGUCAUAUUGUACAUGUUCCUGCUGGUCCUAAUAAUCUUUCAGAUGUGCUUAUAAGCUCUCCUAUCUUCACAAGUGAUGGGGAGGGUGGCAGUGGAUUUGCCGCAGCAGCAGCAGCAGCAUCUGCUGGUGGGGGUGUAUCUGGUUUUGAUUUUGGAGUGGACCCUAACCUUGAUCCUGAACUUGCACUAGCACUUCGAGUUUCAAUGGAGGAAGAAAGAGCUAGGCAAGAAGCAGCAGCAAAAAGAGCUGCAGAAGAAGCUGGAAAUCAGGAAAAAGGAGAGACACAGAUUGCCUCUCAAGAUGUGGCCAUGUCUGAGAACGUUGCUGUCGGAAUUUCUGGAUCCGAAGGGGAGAGGGAUGAGAAUGCCCUCUUACAGCAAGCACUAGCAAUGUCUAUGGAUGAUUCAUCCUCUAAUAUUGCCACACGAGAUACUGACAUGCCAGAAGCAGCAUCUGAGGAUCAUGAUUUGGCCCUUGCUCUUCAAUUGUCUGUGCAAGACAGUGUGAACGAUCAAUCAAAUCCAACCGAUAUGAGCAAGUUGCUGGCUGACCAGUCUUUUGUAUCGUCUAUCCUUGCUUCCCUUCCGGGUGUUGAUCCUAAUGAUCCUUCUGUUAAAGAUUUACUAGCUUCCAUGCAAAGUCAGUCUGAGAAAAGCGAGGACAAGGAAACCAAGGACGAGGACAUGAAGUGAUCAUUAUUAUAUCUACUGAGGUCCAAGAGAUUGAUAAAAUGGAAUCCCGAACUCACGCGAGUUGAUUAAGAUCCGGAUCUAGAUAUAUGGUUGAUGUACACCGAACGGAGAAUGCUCAGACUUCAGUGUCUAUUUGUACUCUAUAUUCAUAUGAUGAAGCAUUGUCUAUUUGUCUUGCACAUCUGGUUUGAAUAAAUGGAAGAAAUGUUUUAUGCUAUCUUCAUGUGCACUUUCUGUGCCAAUAGUUUGACCAAAUAUUUAUAAAUACUUGAUAUAUCA